UCGAAGGCGAGUGAGACCUCAUCUCAACCAGGAGCUCAACUAUCUUUAGCUCAGUUAUCUUAAGUUGUUAGCUGUUAAACUGCUUUGUUUAGAGCAUGAGUGUGUUCCUGCUCCCCCUUCCUGCCCUGGAGAAGCUGUGCUGUGUCUCUGUGACUCUGCAGCAGGAAGAGGAUCUGAGGAGCCGGCAGAUGAAGACCUGCAGAGAGCUGGUGCUGCUGUACUCUGGCCUCCUGGCCUCUCCAGCUCUGGACUCCUUCUCUGACAUCACGGUCGUCGUGUCGAUCCCGUUUUUCCAAAGAGGGUUCCUCCAGGUGUUUGUACAGGGACGCAGUCUGCAGCUGGGCUGUCCUCAGUGUGUGUCUCCAGGUGUCCUCCAGUGUUGUCUGUCCUACUCUCUAAUCACCAGACUGGCUCCCAGCUGGAACAAAGCAGGACUCUACCUCAUCUCAGGGAAAGACUUCCUGACCGAGAGCGGCCGGCUCAACGCCGUCGGUAAGUUUCUCCAACACGCUGGUUGGGUACUGCUGUCAGGUUCUCCAGGGUGUGUGUGUGUGUGUGUGUGUGUGUGUGUGUGUGUGUGUGUGUGUGUGUGUGUGUCAGGCAUGGAGCUGAGCACCAGCGAGGGCCAACUGGUCCUCAACAUCGAAGCCAACACAGUCCGACUGCCACCGACCAGACUGGAGGACUUUGACCUCCCCCCGUUGGUGCUCAGGAGGUUCUGCAGUGACCCGGUCUCCGUCCUCGACCCCUCCUCCACCGGUCGCCCCCCGUGGUGUCACGUCCUGCCCAGUAUGAAGAAAGGUCAGAUCAUCACCAUCACCCGUCAACUGCCCAGAGACGGACCAUUUCGGACCUAUGGAGACCUGCAGAACCACUGGAACCGCCUGUACGGUUACAGACUCCCGGAGCUUGCAGAAGAAGAGGUGGUUUACUGCAGCAUCUACUUCAGACCGGUGGGUCAGAGACUCUUCACAUACCCUCUGAGCUGCGUCCGCCUGCAGCCGGUGCAGCGCUGCCCCCGGGUCGACCUGCAGGGGGCGCUGGGCUCCUUCCUGGCCGACAUCGGGGGCAAGCUGCGCGACGUGUGCGGCUUCCCUGCGCGGCUGACCGGAAAACCCCGUUACUGCACGGCCGGGCUGAGCUCUGCAGCUGUGUGUGUGUUGGCUGCUGAGCAGGUCAACUUAAGCUCCUCCUCCCCCAUCAGGCCGGUCCUCACCCAGCUCCCUCCUCCUCCUCCCCGACCUGUGAAGCCCUCUUUGGGGUCACAACCUCCGGCCUGGAGCCCUCUCACCCAGCAGGACGGAGCCCCGGGGCUUCUGGGUAACAUUCUGACACAAAGCAAAGGGUGGAGAGGAGGCCAAGACUGGCCUUCAUCCUCCUCCUCCUCCUCCUCCUCCUCCUCACGCGUUUCCUUUUCUCAUCCCUUGGUUCACCAGUCAGCUCUUUUCCUCUCCUCUUCCUCUUGUUCCUCCUCUUCUCUCUCACUAGCUUCAGCUUCAUCCCUCCCUCCUCUUCCUCCCCCGAUGGUUCCCAUCUUCAAGAACAAGUGUCCGUCGCGCCUUGUCAACGUGGCCCUGCUGCGCCUCCAGAAGCAAAGGGAGCAGCUGAUUGGAGGAGGAGGUGGGGGGGAGAGGGGGAGGGUGACCCUACCGGCCUUCUGGACGAAGACCUCCGCCUCUGCCUCCUCUUCGUCACUUUCUUCUCAGCCCGCCGUGCUGCCCCGACCGGUUCCUCCUCCGUUACCGGUUCCUCGCUUCAACCGUCGGCCCAAAUCUCUCAGCCUCAGUCCUGCGUCCAAGUCCAGACCCGGGUUCCUCCUGGCUCCAGAGACGGAGACCACGAAACCCAAGACCAGCUCCCAAACCACCGUGAAGUCUAGCUCGGACAGAAAUCCAGCCCCUCCACCUUCUGAUAUCUCCAACACACGUCCUCCACCUUCUGAUAUCUCCAACACACGUCCUCCUCCUUCUGAUAUCUCCAACACACGUCCUCCUCCUUCUGAUAUCUCCAACACACGUCCUCCUCCUUCUGAUAUCUCCAACACACGUCCUCCUCCUUCUGAUAUCUCCAACACACGUCCUCCUCCUUCUGAUAUCUCCAACACACGUCCUCCUCCUUCUGAUAUCUCCAACACACGUCCUCCUCCUUCUGAUAUCUCCAACAAAGACGCCUCCAGCAGCAGACGGAGAGUUGCGUUUGAGACGAAGCCGAAGAAACCUCGAUCAGCGAUACGAGACGUGGACGUCGGGCAGAUGGCCAGAAGCAACCAGCUGGGAUAGGCUCCAGCGCCCCCGCGACCCUAAUGAGGAUAAGCAGUAUUGAAAAUGGAUGGAUGGAUGGAUGGAUGAACACAUACAAUAAUGCCAUAUACCAUAUUAAACAAUAAUAAUGAAUAAUAAGAAUCGGUCUCAAUGGCAGCGAAUCAGAUCCGCCGUCGUCACCAAAUGUGGAGGCGUGAUUCUCUAUGGCCUCUCUAAAAAUGUUCUACUUCACAAAGUCAAACUGUGAGACUGGGAACACAUUGUGGACCAAAAGGAGAGACUUAAGAAGUGAUGUCCACUCCACAUGUGCUUCCUCGUGAACAUGCUUUGGGAGGCAGCGCCAACAUCCUCUGAGAGGACAACGGCCUUCAGGACGAUGAACGGGACUUUAAUAACAUCAUCAGUUCUACAGCUCCCGGAGCAAUACGCCAGUGACUCGUAAUGUUAUUUACACAGAUUCAGCUCUGCACCAACAGUUUUAAAGGUGAGCUGCCGAGGACAAACAUGUCUGAGCAUACAGCGUUUAAAACCUCCUAAAUUCAUUAUCGAAUACAUGCGCCAGGUGAUGAAGUAUUCUGAACGUGUACUUCCUUUUGUCUCGUUAAAUACAAAUGUUAUAAUGUCCAAUUCAAACGCGCCAACACAGAAGAGGAUAAAAGCCAGAAUGUGAGAACAGUUCUAGAACAGUUCUCAUUCCUCAUCUGCUGCAUUUACCUCAUCACAUUUAAAUCAUCACAUUUACCUCAUCACAUUUAAAUCAUCACAUUUACCUCAUCACAUUUAAAUCAUCACAUUUACCUCAUCACA